UCGCGAGAUUCCGUGGCCUGUGGUGGGAGAGUUGGUUAAGUUUUUUUUUGUUUCUGACGGGGAGGUUUUGCAGUUGACGCUUAAAGCAGCUUUUGGUCUCCUUAAAGUGGUUCGGAUUGGAAUGUCUGUGCCAGAUAUAUUUUAACCCGUCUUUUCUGGUGAUUUUGAGUGGCACAAACUAGAAGAAAAUGAGCUUCCUUUUUGGGAAUCGAAGUAAUAGAACUUUCAAACCGAAAAAGAACAUUCCAGAAGGUUCUCACCAGUAUGAGUUGCUAAAGCAUGCCGAAGCAACCCUGGGCAGUGGUAAUCUUCGGCAAGCUGUUAUGUUACCAGAAGGCGAGGAUCUUAAUGAAUGGAUUGCUGUCAAUACUGUGGACUUCUUCAACCAAAUCAACAUGUUAUAUGGAACAAUAACAGAGUUUUGUACGGAGCAAAGCUGCGCUGUUAUGUCAGCAGGACCAAGAUACGAAUACCACUGGGCUGAUGGCACAAACAUUAAAAAGCCAAUCAAGUGUUCUGCUCCAAAGUAUAUUGAUUACCUUAUGACAUGGGUACAGGACCAGCUUGAUGACGAGACCCUAUUUCCUUCAAAAAUAGGUGUACCCUUUCCUAAAAACUUCAUGUCUGUGGCCAAGACCAUUCUGAAACGGCUGUUCAGGGUCUAUGCUCACAUUUACCACCAGCAUUUUGACUCUGUGAUGCAGCUGCAGGAAGAGGCUCACCUCAACACCUCCUUCAAGCACUUCAUCUUUUUUGUUCAGGAAUUUAAUCUGAUUGACAGGAAAGAACUUGCUCCUCUUCAAGAUCUAAUUGAAAAACUUGGAUCGAAAGACAGAUGAUUUCUCUCUUCUAUUUUCCACAUCAGCGUGAUCUUAGUGCUUCUUUUUCUACCUUCAAGAUCCCCAUUUCUCUGCACAUACACAGUAUGACGUGUGAUCAUUGUGAGCAUGCUCUGUGGAAAAAUCCAUAGUCUCUAUUGUUGUUGAGUAGUACUAUGAUUUUUUUUUUGUGAAUAACUUCAAAAAUGCACGUUCAAAAGUUGUUGAUUCUAGCCAUACGUCAGUGUUUUAGGGACCUUGCCUUUCAAUGAUAUUUGAAAGGUUCAAGGUACACAAAUAUUGUAUUUCAUAAAUGAUAUUGCAGUAUUGACUCUCUGCCCUUGGAAGCAAUGAGUACAUGCAUACUCUGCAUUUAUCAAAAUCAGACAGUGAAGCAAAGAUAUUUGGGAGAAGAGAUUAAUGCUGCAUUAAAUUUAAUUAAUUUGAAUUCUUGGCUGAUGGAUUUGUAGUCUAGGUUUCCUGGUUGCACCUACCUCCAAUUUUUUUUAUAUAUACAUAUUAAUUAGAGGGAAGAUGGAAAACUAAUGAUUCUUGACCUCGAGCUAGAAACAAACUGGAACUUGUGCAGUUUGAAUGUAUGUUUUAAAUGAGUUGGUUGGCAGUGUGACUGUGGGUUGCUCAUGCUGCAAAUAGGCAAGUUAAUUGUAGACUAGUUAAUUGUACACAGUCUCUAAAUGUACUGUUUGAGUUUAAAAGACAGUAAAUGGUUUUGUACUUUUAUGUCCGUGUACAUUUACUUCAUGUUAUGUGUUUGGCCAUUUUGAGUCACGUUUUUAGAUGGUGAACCCUGUUAACAUAAAGCCCUCGCUUUCUUACAUGAUUUUUUUUAAAAAAACAGCUUAAUCUUUGUUGUUCCGAUUUGAUCAAUGCAUCACCUUAUGCAAGUUAUUGGUUUGAAAUUGAUAGCAGAUGUGUCUUUUGUUCAGUGAACAGUGUCACAAUUUAAUACAAUACCACCUUGUUGAAGGCAAAGCACCACUAGUUAAUCUCCCCCACCUUCCCAAAGGAAAAAAAGAACCCUAUGGGUUACAGUGCUGAACUGUUAACCCACUGCCUACAAUCAGCUGAUGGCUGUAUUAAUCUACCUUGCUGUCUAAGCUUUCUUGCUGCUUUAGUUUAUGGUGGCACAUACUCCGGCUGAUGAGGGUUUCUGGUCACCACUUUGUUUGGCUGUCUCGUAUCUGCCGUCUUGGAUUUCUAACACAGAGCAUGUACAGUUGCAUAUUGUGAACACUGUGUUGCCUUUACUUCUAAUGUUAUUAGAUGCACUUUGGGGACUGUGCCCAGUUGCCUUAACUAGACUACUUUUUUUUCCCAAAACUUGGUUAGUCAUGCUUUACUGUUGAAAGAAAUGUUUUUAAAAGUUUUUACACAUUGAGGUGAAUAAAGGCAACUUUGCAGCAUGUUGUAACUUUUUACUUGUGAUUGCAUUGUAGCAAAUAGUUUGGGGGAAAAGGGGAAUAAAAAAAAACUAGCAAUAAUUAGCUUAAGAUAAAUGGCAUUUUUUUAUUCUAAGUAACAUAGACUACUGAAAACGGCCACUUGUCAGAUGUAAGGAUCUUCAUAUUUUGCAGCAGACUCAUAAGUAAUUCUCUUGUGUGAGCAAGGGGAAAGUUUUUUGUUUUUUUUUGUUUUGUGCAAUGUUAAGCCUAGUGAAGGGGGAGGGGGAGGCAAGGAAAUUUUUGGGAUGAAAUGUUUAUCAGCCCGUUAAUGUCAAGAAGCUUUUGACAGCUAUCAUGCAUUUUCCUGGCAGAUCCUCUUAAUUGCAUUCCCUGGAUUAUAAAUGUUGAUCAGAUGUCAUAUUCAUAUUUUCAUAAGGUAGAUCUCCAGUUUGCAUUUAUCUCCACUAUAGAGGGCUGUAAUGAUGCUCUUAAACAGCAGUUCCCAACCUUUUUUAUGCCACGGACCAAUACCAUUAAGCAAGGGGUCCAUGCGCCCCUGGUUGGGAACCCCUGAUCUAAAAUAAGGGUAAGAUUGGCACAGAAUUUUGGCCAAUCUGAAACAGAGUUGACUGCUACCAGAAGGUAAAACCAGGAUUGAUGUUGGCAAUGAUGCUCUUGCAGUGAAGUAACCCAGAAAUGCCUUUCAGGAGUAGUGACUGACUUCUCCAGGACUUCUGGUACAAGUCGGAUUGAUCUCGAGGAGAAAGCACAUGUGGGAAAGUUGAACUGUUAACUUCAGAAACUGGGAACCAGUAUCAGUUUUCAUAGCACAGUGGAUUCCCGUUAAUUAGGACACAUUGGCACUAGUACAUUGUGGCCAAUUAAAUGGCUGCUACAAUUAGCUGAAGUUUCAUGGAAAUGGUUAAAGGUAUAUAUUUUUUUUAAAAAGACAAACUGCCAUAUAACUGAGAAACUGUUGCUUUUAAAUGAAAUACAGAACAAAUUAGCACACUACCAAUACUUACUACAGUACUAUAAAAUUGUGUAUUUUAAAUUGUUAAUGACAGGAUUUCAGACAGUGUACACUGCAAUGUUCUUUUGAUUACCUGUGAUUGAACAAAAUCAAAUCUUUUCUUGGCUCUGAAAAAUUUUCUAAAGUCAAAAUAGAAAACAAAACAAUUGAAAAUCGCUGGUUUUUGAAUUGGCGCCUGUCAGCCCAAAUGGAUAACAUAACCCAAGCACAUGCUACUGACACUAUUUUUAAAACUUAACAUGGUGUAGCGUCUAUCGGCAACACAAGUGCAGACGACUGAUGCUAGUUAGAAACUGUUAGGCAACAGUCUCCUGUCCCAAUUAAGUGGCAUAAUUAAUCUCCCAAAUAAACUAAGGGAAUCCCGGCUAUUUAUUUGAUGAGUAUUUUUUAAGAGUUGUCCCAAAUAAGUGGCUUCCCUGAUUAACCAAUGACCCAAUUAACUGGAAUCCACUGUAUUUGGUUUCUAAUGAAAUUUGGGAGGCUUUAUCAUAAAACAUGGGUUAUCAGAAUAUCUGGGGGAGAGAACAUUUAACAGUUCUUGUUGAGAGUAUUUUGCUAUGCCCCUCUGAGUUUCUUUUACUCACCUGAGAUAUCUUGCAGAAUGCAAUUGACAUAUUUUUGUGACGGAGAUUACCAGAUUCUGCUUUAGAAAAUAACUAAGAAAUGGACUUGUCCACAGUUGAGAGAACGAGUCUUGUGCUUUUUGAGAUAAAAUUUGAAUUUUUUUUUUACUUUACAAAUGUGGACAAUCCAAGAUUGUAUUUCUGACCCAUGACCAAGAUUCCCAUGAGUUUUGAAGAGAUUUCCACAGAGUAUUCUUUUAACUCUUAAAACCUGAAGUUCUUGUCUUUCAGAUCAUGGGGUGGUGAAUUUCUUAUGCUAAUAUUUACAUCUGAAUUUGAAAUACCAUUGUUUUAUGUUUUUGAUAUAAGAUUUGAUAAUUGUCCUGUUAGAAUUUUGGUACACUGUAAUUUUUAAGACUUGCUUAUCUCUUGGGAAGAGGGUAAUUUUGUUAAAGAAGUUAUGCACAUCUGUUUGACCAGAGAUGCACUUACAGUAUAUAAGCCAAGGUUUGUUGCAAACUAAAGAACCAAUAAAUUUAAGUACAGCAUA